AUUAUUCUUCUUCUCUAACAUGUUUCGUACAAGGGACGAAAAUAAGGUAAAAAAAAGAAAAGGAAAAUGAAGAGCUUUAAAGAUGACCAAUUGAAACAAUCCCAAUUCCAAUAAUUACAACCCUUGCGGUCUGGAAGAAAGAAAGAAGAAAAUAGUAACAAACAAGUGGGAAAAACACUACUUUUGAUCCUAUUAAAGAACCCAAGAUACCAUAACUUUUGGGCAUUUACCAGACUAGACAUACAACACGAAGUAAAAUAAAAAUCAAGAAACACAAGAUACACCUCCAAUUCAAAUCACUAUUCAAGAAGAGCAAGAAAAAUAAAAGAGUACUGGUCGAGGGCAUUUAGUGCAGUGGGCGCUUGUUUGUCAGAGGGAAUGGAAAAUGGGGAAUAAGAUAAAAAGAGGAAGGACAAUUCGGGCAUUACGGUAAUUACACUUCUGUUUUAUGGAUUCUUGGCGCUUUACUACUGCUGAAGGAAAAAGCUUGUUUUUUUCAGAUGAAAUAGAUGUAUCUACUGAUUCAUUUGGGAGAAGUAGAAAAACAUUGACAGGAUGGGAUGGUGAAUCUGUUGAAAACAUGGAGUUUAUAGAUUUGGGCUUUUCUGAAAUGCACAAAAAGCAAUUUUAUGGAACCAGUAACACAGGAUUUGGGAUUCUCGGUAGUAGUGGUGAAGUUAAUUUUGAUGCUAGUAGUAACAAAAUAGAAUUAAGUUCUCCUAGUUGUAUGAUUGCUUCAAAUUCAUCUCUGGAAUCUGGGUCUAAUCAUUCAAAUUCCGUCAUGGAAGCUAACAGUCAUGAUUCAUCAUCUCUAAUUGAUUUGAAGCUAGGGAGACUCGGUGAUGGCAAAGAUGUAGAUAAUAGUAAGUUCUUGAAAGAAAGAUCAGUGGUAUCUUCUGUAACACCAACAUUUCAGGCAAAGAGAGCUAGAACAAUGAAUUCACGCACUCAGACUCCAUUCUGUCAGGUCUAUGGUUGUAACAAGGAUCUCAGCUCCUUGAAGGAUUACCAUAAGAGGCAUAAAGUUUGUGAAGUUCACUCAAAGACUCCUAAAGUUAUCGUUAAUGGUGUUGAGCAAAGAUUUUGUCAGCAGUGUAGCAGGUUUCAUUUGUUGGUUGAGUUCGAUGAUGGUAAGCGUAGUUGUCGUAAACGUCUAGCAGGCCACAAUGAACGUAGAAGGAAGCCUCAAUUUGGUGCUCUCUCUGGUAGGCCACACAAGUUACUGCAGGCAUAUCAAGCAGGAACCAAAUUUUUGGGGACUUCCUUGCCAAAGAGAGCAUCUUUUCUUUUCCCAAAUAUGCGACCUGGUGGUAUUCUUUACCCAGAGAUAUAUGAACAGGCCAACUGCUGUAGACCUGUUAAAUUGGAGGAGAAAUCGUGUUAUGGUACAAACAGCCAGUUACUUCAGAAAUCCUUUCUCCAUCUACAUGGCAAUGGGAUCCAAAACACUUCUGGAAUCUCUCCACCAGCAAGUGAAGACUUCACUGUUUUUAGUGCAUCAUCAAAUAUUCAUGAGUUGGCUGGGGUGUCGCAUUCCAGUUGUGCUCUCUCUCUUCUGUCAGCCGAAUCACAGGACUUGAGCCAUUCAGCAGGAAUUAUAAUGGCUAGGCCCUUGAUCAGUCAAGUCGGUCGGUCCCAUCACAUUCUGGGUUUUUCUGACAAAUCUUCCUUGGGAUCUUCAGAGAAGUAUGUUGGAGAUAUCUUCCAAUCAUCUGGAAUGAGUUCCCUUAAAACUAAUCAUAUGGGGCCCUUGAUGGGCUCUUGUGCUGGUCAUGCUACUGACGGCCAAAUUGAAUCAGAUGAGUAUCUUCAAAAUCAAGGGCCAGACUUUGUGAGUGACAAGUUUUGCAUUUCUGCUGAAAAUGGAACUACGGUGGAUUUGCUUCAACUGUCAUCACAUCUUCAUAGGGUGGAACAACAGAGAAACUCCAUGCAAGUGAAGCAUGAAUUAGAGGAGUGUUCAAGUUUCCUUGCCACCUAUGGGGCAUAAAAGGAGCAAGGCUCUGAGGGAGUAAAUUGAAGUUGACCUGCAUCAGAAAUGUAAACUAACUUCGUUGCUGCAAUAGACAGAGUGCUGGUAGACUUCAGAUAAGGAGAAACUUAAGAUACAGAGUUUCUAGAACAUUCCUUUACUGCUUGGUAUAUAUAACAGAAAUUAAUUAGGAAUUUUUGAAACACCCUAGUACGGUCGUGUGUGUUUGAUACUAUUUUCUAGCUUUAGAUAACACUACUCUGCCCCAACUGGUUUUAAGGAUUUCAAUUACUGAAUUACACAACUCAGCGAAUCAUCAGAAGAGAACUUUUAAUUUUAUCCUUUUAUCUAUAGCAGAUCCUGUCUUGCAUCCCACUUUCUGAAGGGGCACACGUUUUGAAGGGAUGGGAACCAAGAGGCAAAAAUGGCAAGGCCACCUAAAUUUCUUUUAUCUCUAGCUUGUUUGUCACCAAUUUGAUAUUGAUUUCUUUAUAGGCAUGUCAAUAUUUUAUUUGAUAGAGCUAAUGCUUGAUCAACUAAA